CACAAUUUCUGAUGAUUGGUCUAGUGUGGGCAGGUUGAUUGAUUACCUGAAGCUAUUCUAUUAUUUGACUGUUCGAGUUUCUGGGACUUCAUAUGUGACUUUACACCUCUUGUUUGAUGAGGUAUGUGAAAUGUAUACUAUGAUAUCUGACUGGGCUGAUAGUAUAGAUUUUGAGGUGUCUUGCAUGGCUGAGAGAAUCAAGUCCAAACUUGCCAAGUAUUGGUUUGAAGAUGAGUUGGAUAAUUCCAAGAUGAAUCGGUUGUGUUAUAUGGCAGUCAUAUUAGAUCCUAGGCGGAAAGUUGAAUAUCUUGAACAAGCUUUGAAGAAGGUAUAUGGUGAGAGCAGGGGUAAAGCUUUGGUCGAAGAGGUGAAAGAUGAAAUGCGUCUUCUGUUUGACCAUUACAAGCAUAGGCUCGGACUUCCUGGCAGUUCUCCCAUUGUGAUUCAGGAAGAUGUGCAAGAACCUAGUGGAAGUGGGGAUGGGAAGAAGAAAGGGAAGAUUUGGGGUGAUUUUAGGAAAAUGAAAAGAGAGGCCAUUCUGAAAGGAACUAGAAAAAGUUCCAAAUCUGAGUUUGAUAGGUACCUUGAGGAGGAGGAGGAUGAUGAAGUGGUUACACGAGCAUUGGUGGGUUCAGAAGAGGAUGAAUACAAGUUUGACAUCUUGGGAUGGUGGUCGCGAAGUGGGAUGAAAUAUCCUACUAUUUCUGAGAUGGCUAGGGAUAUUCUUGCUGUUCCUAUUUCCACUGUUGCUUCUGAGUCGGCAUUCAGCACAGGAGGUCGAGUUUUAGAUUCGUUUAGGACCUCCUUAUCCCCUGAAGUUGUGGAGGCUUUGAUUUGUUGUGAAGAUUGGAUAAGAUCUUCAGACUCUGAGUUGGUGGCUGAUGGAGAAGAUGAGGGUGAUGAAGUGGUAUUUCAAAAUGUAUAUGCAGCUUUUCAAGCUCGGAGUGCAAGUGCACCUGUAGGACCUAGUGGAAGCUCUCGUGCAGGACCUAGUGGAAGCUCUCCUGCUACCCAUGUUUUGGUCCCGAGUCCUACUAUGUCACAAGUGGAAGAAGACUAUGUCGACGACAAUUCUGAUGAGAAUGAUGAGACUUAUGUAGAUGUAGAGCCUGACGAGGAGUGAUAAUGGUAGUAGUGUUUAUCUUGUAUGGUGGAUGGAUUUUUAUUUUACUUGGAUGUUAUCAUUUGAGAAUUGUAAAACUAAUGUGUUAUAAUUUUGCGCCAAACACCAUUUUUUUUUGCAUAUGAUAUUUGAUAUACCUUCAAUUUUGGACCUAUGGUAUUACUAAAACAUUUACUUAUACGAAAAUCCACAAUUAAAUAAGAUAUGAUUAAGUUA